GUUAAUUGCAAAACACACGCCCCUUUUCAAUGCCUUUGCGCAUGUUACUGGCACUACACUUUGCACUUCAUUCAAAUGCAUGCGGAAAACCAGAUGGAGCUGUCAGAGGGAGAGAGAUAAACGUGCGGCACCAAGCCAGGAUAGAAACGGGGCUGUAAAUACACAGAGCGGCAGGAGACUGAGUGUGGAGACUGUCGCAUUGCCCAGGAGUUGACCUUCCUCAGCUACACUGCCUUCACCUGAAAGUAGGAUCAGUGGCCCGACCGGACACCGGCCGUGGAGCGCGGGAGCCGGACAAUAGAGGCUCGAGCCUCAACUGGACAUUCACAGGCAGCGCGGGCUCGGCUGCUGGACACCCAGAGGGACAGUCUGACGAGGCUUCCGACGUGUUGUUUUAUUUUUAAUCUCUCUCUCUUCCCCCACCCCGUCCUCCCACCUUCAGUCCGACGACAACACUGGUCUUCCGAUUCCAAGGAGAAAUCCUUUAUCCCAGGAAUAAAUCUGUUGAAUCUAAGCUGUACCACCAAGGGAAUACAUGAACUUGUCAGGAACUGGCAAUCUGCUUCUCUGAAAUAGAAGUGCUGGAACUAUAUAUCACAGUCAUUUUCAUAAUGAAAAAAAGUAGAAGUGUCUUGGCAGUGACUGCGGAAGAUAAUGGUAACGAAUCCCCAGAACAUGGUCUUAGCAAAUCUUAUACUUCUUCUGGAACCACGCUUGGAGUGGAUUUACGAAGAGGGAGAAGACGAUUCUCCGGUAAUCUUCAGUUACCACCAUUGGCUUGGAGGCAGGGAGAAAGAGCAAAGACUCCAGAAAGAGACAGCAUACCAAGACCUACCACUUUGCCAUUAAGAACACCUCCACGGAUCGCUAUUACACCUGUGGACCAAGAUUGUUUUGACGUGGAGAAUGGUCCCUCUCCAGGCCGAAGUCCAUUGGAUCCUCAAGCCAGUCCUGGAUCAGGGCUUGUAUUGCACACUAAUUUUCCAAGCCAUAGUCAGCGGCGGGAAUCCUUUCUGUAUCGCUCAGACAGUGACUAUGAAUUGUCACCAAAGUCUAUGUCCAGGAAUUCAUCAAUUGCAAGUGAAAUACAUGAUGACUUGAUAGUUACACCAUUUGCACAGGUACUGGCCAGCUUGCGGAGUGUGAGGAGCAAUUUCUCGAUACUAACAAAUGUUCAUGGAGCCCCAAGCAAAAGAUCUCCAGCAACAAGUCAGCCACCCCUUACAAGAAUCAGCCUGACAGAAGAAUCCUACCAAAAGUUAGCCAUGGAGACUCUGGAAGAAUUAGAUUGGUGUUUGGAUCAACUUGAGACAAUACAGACCUACCGGUCAGUCAGCGAGAUGGCUUCGAACAAGUUCAAAAGAAUGCUGAACCGUGAGCUCACCCAUCUCUCAGAAAUGAGUCGCUCAGGCAACCAAGUAUCCGAGUUCAUUUCCAAUACCUUUUUGGACAAGCAGAAUGACGUGGAGAUGCCAUCCCCCACACAGAAAGACAGAGACAAGAAGAAAAAGCAACAGCUCAUGACACAGAUUAGCGGAGUGAAAAAACUGAUGCACAGUUCCAGCCUCACACACUCAAGCAUCCCUCGAUUUGCUGUCAAAACUGACUUGGAAGAUUGUCUUUCCAAGGAGCUGGAUGACCUGAAUAAAUGGGGACUUAACAUAUUUAAAGUGGCAGAGUUUUCAAACAAUCGGCCUCUCACCUGCAUUAUGUACACCAUCUUUCAGGAGAGGGAUCUGCUGAAGACAUUUAGGAUCCCUGUGGAUACAUUUGUGACAUACAUCAUGACACUGGAAGACCACUACCAUGGUGAUGUAGCUUACCACAAUAGUCUGCAUGCUGCUGAUGUUGCACAGUCUACGCACAUUCUUCUUUCAACGCCAGCACUAGAUGCUGUGUUCACAGACCUCGAGAUUCUUGCUGCAAUUUUUGCAGCUGCAAUUCAUGAUGUGGACCAUCCUGGUGUCUCCAAUCAAUUCUUAAUUAACACCAAUUCUGAGUUAGCACUGAUGUACAACGAUGAGUCUGUGUUAGAAAACCACCAUCUGGCUGUAGGUUUUAAACUGCUGCAAGAAGACUCCUGUGACAUUUUUCAGAAUCUCACCAAGAAACAACGGCAGAUGCUGAGGAAGAUGGUUAUUGAGAUGGUGUUAGCCACUGACAUGUCAAAGCAUAUGACCUUACUGGCAGAUCUCAAGACCAUGGUGGAAACAAAGAAAGUGACAAGUUCAGGUGUUUUACUACUUGAUAAUUACACAGAUAGAAUACAGGUUCUCCGUAAUAUGGUACACUGUGCUGAUCUGAGCAAUCCCACAAAGUCACUUGAGCUGUACAGACAGUGGACAGAUCGAAUCAUGGAUGAAUUCUUUCACCAGGGAGACAAAGAACGAGAGCGAGGCAUGGAAAUAAGCCCAAUGUGUGACAAACACACAGCAAUAGUUGAAAAAUCCCAGGUUGGAUUCAUUGAUUACAUUGCACAUCCAUUAUGGGAAACAUGGGCCGAUCUCGUUCAUCCUGAUGCACAGGAUAUUCUAGACACAUUAGAGGACAACAGGAAUUGGUAUCAGAGCAUGAUCCCCCAGAGCCCUUCCCCUUCCCCUGAUGAACAAGAGAAAGAAGGGCAGUGUUCCACUGAAAAAUUCCAAUUUGAACUCACACUAGAAGAAGAUGAGGAUUCUGAAGGAACUGAGAAAGAGGAAACAAGUCAGGGAGAAGAGGACAGUAGCUGUCAGAGUUGUGAAACAAAAAUAUUUGUUGCACUGGAGUCUGAAAACCAGGAGACUGAGAUGGAAGAAACGCAAGUAGAUCCUCUCACUGAAGACACAUCACCUGUUGAUACGUAAAUUUUCUACAGAAGUGGACAUAUGCUUAUUGUCUCACAUAUAAAUUAUCUGUAGGGGAGAAGCCUAUGAUGUGGAUUUAUAAUCCAAGGUAGACAUUUGCUGAAGAAAGCUUACCUUUAUGGUUCAGAUGAUGAACUAUCAUGACAGCAAGGUUGGAAAGACGAUGGUGGUGGAAACAUUUAGAAGUUUUGAUGUAUGGGCUUAUUGACAAGCAAUGUUUAUUUGAAACUGGCAAAAGCCGUCCGAAAGUGGGGAUGAGCAUGCAAAUGAAUGACACAACACUGAGAGAUUUUGUACUGCAAGACACUGAAACUGUAUGCCAGUCUCAACAAUAUGAAAUAGCUUUUCAUGUAGGAAAAUGUUCUCUGUUAAGUCGAUGAUGUCUUAGGACUGUGUGCCUUUUGAAAAAUGUUUUUGUCCUUCCAAAAGUAUUUUAUUUAAGUGAUCACAAUUUAUUAAAAUCCUAACAAAACUUUUCUACGUAUGAAGAAUAGUGGCAUGAACAAAUCCAUUUAUAAUUCUUUACAACAUUAAAAUAAAUGAGAAUUAAGUCUUCCGGUUCCCAUCAUAGACAGAAUGGCAAUAUCUUACAGUUAUCAGCAAAUUGUUUAUAAAGUGUAUUCUUUGGUGCAUCUUUACUUUUGAAAUUUAAAAAGGGACAAACAGUUUAAACACAUUUUAAAUGUCUCCCAACUAUUUUAGUGGUUUAGAAACAUUUUCAUUUUUAUAUCUGCCUUUUUUUAAAAAAACAUUUUUGGGAUAUUUUAAAUACCUACUUGUUACACAUUACCACAGUUCUUCAAGGACGAAAGGCAAUUAAAUUUGCUCAGUAAUGCAAGUUUGAAUAUCUGAACACAAUAUCAAGUAAUGGUCCUUGUAAAAUGUAACCAAAUGAUAAUAGUCCCAACUCAAAUGCAUCCUAUAGCUAAGAAAAUGAGUGAGAAGGUUGGAUAGUUCAAUAAGUUUGAACCUCCAGGGCAAGAGUUUGGAUCCAACUCAGAAUGAUGUGUUGAAAGACUCCAUAUUUUCUGUUGGAUCCAAAGCGGGGAAAAUUUGGGCACUCUGCUCUGGCAUGGACCCUUCGGGAAAGUUGCUCACAAAUCCAAAGAUUUGGGUCUAAAUUGAUGUUUAUUCUGAGAGGCUACCGGGAUGGUAUUGAUGGGGCAAUGGAAGGGUUCCCAAGAUUGUACAGAUGAGAGGGAGCAGUAAGCAUUCUUUGGAUCAAACAUGCAAAGUAACCAAAAAUAAUACGUCCCCAUGAUGUCAGUUAACAUUUUCUUAAAUCAUUCAUACCACAUCAUUUAGGAAUUAGGAUCUGUUUAUCAGGAGUUUUCCAGUACAUCAGGCUUGUUUAUGCCUGUUCAUAAAUCUUUAAUAAAAUCUUAAAGGUCUAAAAUGGAAUAGUGUUAUAUCUCACAUAGUUUGUUUCUUUAUUUUGAUAAUACAAAAACAUAAAUGCAAUAGAAAAGAUAGAGACAGUAUGCUGCUUCAAUAUUUAUGUUAAAUGAGAUAAAUACGGACAUCAUUAAUUGGGUUUGUGUUAUAUUGGUUUCCUUCACUUUUCUCAACAAAGGCUGGAAAUAUUCUGAAAUUUAUGUAAUGUCAGUUUCCAGGUUUUCAAAGCGGAUACGUGCUCCGAGCUCAGACUUUCUUUGUGGAAAGACACUAGUUUCAUAAGCAAUUGUAUCUCUACUGUAACAUUGUAGCUUUGAUUCUAGUUUAUUGGUUGAAAAAACAUCUCUUAAUCCCUUCAGAGUAUUUUAUUUUUGCUUUCUGCAUUAGUGAUAUAUGCUGGAAAAUUAUUAAUAUUUAUUAACUAACAAUGUUAAUAAGUUCAAACAAAUUAUUUGUGGGGUAAUUUUGAUUUAGUUAACAAAUGAAUUCUAUGACAUCACCAGGGUCAGGUAAAAGUGAAUAUUUUUUUCUCCUUUUACUCUUCAAAUUGGAAGCUUUUGAUUGGGAGGGGGUUCCAGCUCUUCACAUUUUCAUAAUUUCACCUCCUAAAAGCUGGUUUUUUUGGCACAUAUAUAUUGCCUGAUCCAUGAUAGGCCACAAAUCCCAAAUACACAGUAUUAAUAUUAGAUAUGAUCACUACAAUUAUAAAUUGUCUUUUCAAAAGGAAAUGUUUCACUGGAAAAUUGGACAAUUAGAGGGCAUUGGUAGUGCACAGCAAUGCCUUCCUCCUUUGUUUAGACUCUGAAACCAUGGCACCACCUUUCAUUGUUCCUAUUCAUGAUCUUAACAGUCACAGAAAAAACAUUGUCUACAUGCAGCUACUUCUAACCAACAAUUUUAAAACAAAGUACGGCAACAAGAGUUUGUGUUUGGAGACCUUAGCGAGCAUUUAGAUAUCUUUAGGUGUAUCAUGUAGAAUUAUGAGACUGUUCACUUGAAUGCAUUUACCCUUUAAUUUAUUUAGGUGUCUUGACAUUCUUCAUCAGCUUUGUUUUGUUGGGCAUCCUUUGUAUAGCAUUGCAAACCAUAUUCUUAGAACACAUCCUUUUUCUAUUUAGAGCCAUGUAUUUAUACCAUGUACAUACUGUAUAAUGUUUACUGUAAAUUAUUAAUUUAUACAUUAACAUUGCCUUUAAAGUGGUGGUGUUGCUGUGUAGAAGAUUUCAGGUGAAAAUCCCUUUUUUUAAUUAUUGUGUAAUAUAGAAUAACCUGAACAGUGGUGAUAAAGAGACAUAUGGAACCCAGAGGUCACAGAUAUUAACAUAAAAGUUUUUCAGUUAUCUGAAGUAAUCCACCACAGAUUCCAGUAUAAAACUAUUCAAUGUGCAACCAUGAAGAAAUGUCUGGGAUAACUGUUAAAAAGUUAAAGCUACAAAACACAAAAAAAAAAUUGCAGUCUGAUGUCAGUACCUUGUAAACUACGUUUUAAGCUUUUGGUCCAAAUUGUGUUUAAAAAUGGUUCAACAGAUUGAAACGUCUGCAUGAGUAAUGGGUUUAUAUGUCUGUUAAACAUUGCAAUGUUUCAGGUGGUGAUUUCCUUAAUGUUUUCUGAGUCUCACACAAUGUAUGGUAUAGUAUUGUAUAUUGUGUUCAGAAACCUUUUAAAAAAAUUUUUAUAUGAAGUGAUUAAACAAAAGCAUGGAUAUAUUUUAUGUUUCAAUUU